AAUUAUUUCUAGGGCCUCUAGGCUGAUCGAGAACCGAGCCUUCUGCUUGAUGUUCGCGUAAUAUUUCGUCUGUAAAAGAAUCCAAUAUUCAUUCGCGUUAUGGCGACGAAAUUCCAGCUCAAGAUCGGUGGAUAUCCCGCGGAAUACGAUGCUGCAAGACACGGACCGUACGAUCCUGCGCGCUAUUAUGGAAAACCUGACACUUCGUUCUGGGAUCUGAAGCUCAACGAGAUCCCCGCUUGGCUCACGAGACGUCAGAAGACUCCUCAGGCGUUCGCGGCAGCGUGUUCAAGAGCAUUCUGGCGUUGGCAACAUAAGUAUGUACAACCCAGAAAAAAUGGUAUAGCUCCAUUCUUCCAAGUGGCAGUUGGUUGUAUGAUUGCAUUCUAUGUAAUGAAUUACAAAAAAUUACGUCAUCACAAAAAUUACAAAUAUCACUAAUUGUACUAUAGACAUCUUGCAAUUGAUUUGGUCAGAAUAGAAGGAAUUUAUUGUAUCAAUUAUUCGGAAAAGAGAUAUCCAAUUAUUUAGAAUGUAUUUAAAUAAACAUUCUUAGUAUGCACAAAUUA